AGACGGCCCUCCGUAGCCAUUUCUGAUCAAGUUUGGCUCAAGCCAUUCGGGCUCAAUCCAUUUCACUUGAUAUUUCCUGUCGCAUACCCGUGGCGAUGGGGAACCUGAGGCCUCUGUUCAUCGGUAUCUGCGUGGCCAUCGUGCUCGUCCUCGUCCCUGUUGUGGCUUGCCUCGUCCUCAAGGGUGCGGCUCCCAUGCUGGCAAGUGGUAAAAGCUUCACCACUGGUUUUCGUUGGGCACCCAGGCACCCAAGCACCCAAGCACCCAAGCACCCAAGCACUUACUCGUCUGGCACCCAAGCACCCAAGCAAGCAACCAAGCACCCAAGCAAGCCAAGUCAUCACCUACUCGUCGCUUGUUGUAGUAUCACUGUGUAAAAAUACGCGAGGGAUGAUAUUGGAAAUGACCGAAGCUGCGAAGUAUCUGGACGUGAACAGCACGCUGAUGAUGGUCAUACAAAAGUGUGGAAGAAGUGUCGGCGUUGCCCCCCUGGAACGUCUCGGAAUACACAGCCAGAAUAUCCAGCUCAUCAAUCUCACAAACGUUGGCCGCAAUGAUCAUUCCUAUGCCUGGGCCCUGCGCCAUCUUGGCGAGGGUCUCACGGCGCAUCUUUCUGCUAACGCGUCAGUUUUUUUGUUGAAAGACAACAUGAUGCUGCAUCAACCUGAGAUGCGCAAGUGCAAAUUCUCAGAAGUCCUAGCCGACUUGCGAAGCCAUGGGUUUGGUUGCUUCUUCACAAUGCAAGAACCGGCAACUGAUUUCCACUUGGUUGCCGGGCUAGGCAAGUUCAACCUUUCAGAGUACAAAGGGGUCAGACAUUAUUUCCGAGCUGCUGCAGAUCAAAGGCCGUUGAACAAAUGGUGGGAUAGCUUGGGCAUUAUGUUUGGGAAUCGUAAUGGUAGUUCUGAUGACAGUGCAAGUGUGAUCCAGGUAUGUUAUGGUGGCAACUUCGCAGUGCGCAUGGACAAUAUUCGGGCGGUGAAUUAUUCUCUGUGGCCGCUGCUGGUGGCCAGGCUUGCGCGCAAUGAUUCCAUUGAGGAGGGCCACUAUGCAGAACGCACGUGGGCUGGACUACUUGCCCAAUCGACUCCUCCAGCAAGGUUGACAGUGUGUGAUCCAGCACAUCGGUCUUACCCUGGACGCAUGUGCUCUAAGAAAUCAUGAAGCCUUAGAUCGAAUACCCACCCGCGCCUUCUUGCAUCCUGGUGCAGGCGCAGUCUCUUCCAGCGCUGGCGCGGCGCAGACAUUCAGGAAUGAAUCCGCCGCCUGCCAAUCUAAUACACCGAUUGCCUUUUAUGUACAGAUUUGUUUAUCUGUGCCCCCACAAGGAUCUUUAAACAGUUUGUAGACAUUAAUUCGUUAUGGGCUCCAAGUCCAGAUGCCGAGGCAAAAAAUAGAUGCUUGAAUCUCAAUCGAGUCGUAUAGCCACUGGCACCUUCUUGUAUCCUGGUGCAGGUGCGGUCCCUUUUUUUGUUGACGUGACGCAGGCAUUCAGGAAUGAAUGUGCUUAGUGAUGGGCUCCAAGCUCACAUGCCCGAGGCAAGGAAUCCUUGUCGUGAGGCGGGCUUCAUGUCUCAAGAAGGGAUGCCCCUACCAAGUGCAACACAAUUUUGCCGAGCGCCCGACCUCAUUUUGCGUUUGCACUUUCUAGUGCGUGCGCCCCUGCGAGGUACAUGAUUUACUCUUCCUGUGCGGGGGCGGCAUUGUGGCUCAGGACUCAGGAUCAAAGGACUUGGCCAGAAGUGCCUUGAGCCAAAGUGCCUCGACCGAGUACGAACGAAGCAGCAAUACGCCAAAAGCGCGUGGGCAAGGAAAACUAGAUCGACAUGCCAACAA